AGUAACCCAUCGCACGGAGAGAGAAGAAAUACUCUGUUCAAUGGAAAGUUGAAGGCAAUUGGAAUAUGAACAACAUCGAUUCCAUUUCUGAUUUCUGGUCAAACGUAAAUUGUCCCGUGUCGAUUGGUUGUGAUAGAUUCUUUUUUUUUAGUUUUGAGACGCACACCGUGCAUAUAUAUAUGUGUGUGUGUGUUAGAUAUAAAGACAGGAUAAAAAAAGAAGAAGAGAAUAAAAUUUUCUGUGCGGAAUAUAUAGUGUGUAAAAUUUGUGUAUGUGUAUGCUUACACCGUCGACACAUUAAAAAACCAGUGACGACAAUAAACGGAAAAGAAGAAGCGAAAAAAUAUAGCAUACCGAAGAAAUGAAGAGAAGAGACGAGUAAUCGCAAUCAUUACCUAGGUUCUGUUGAACAAUACAUUAUCGAUGGCGAAAACAAACAAGUCACAAAAUAAACAAUACUCAAUGUCAUAUUUCAUGUAGAGCAUAACAAAUUUUUACUCAGUUUUUUUUCUUUCUGUUGUUGUUGAUCAUUUCGAAGAAUGCAUUCAGUGGUACAAAUCCAAUUCACCUACAUAUAAUAAUGAUCGUCGACCGGUGAUUGUAAUAAUUCAACAAAAACAGCAGCAGCAACAGAAAAAGUGAUGUACAAAACAGACUAUCGAAACGAAACAUUUUGUAAACGAGUAGUGAGAGAAUAUUUGAAAGUGAAAUGUAAAUGAACCCCCACGAGUGAUUGACAUGAUAUCAACAACACAAAAUGUUUUCAAUCAACAGCGGUGAUGAUAUCAUUUAUUAUUAUCAACCGUGUGGUGAGGCCAAAAACUGGCUGGGAACAACGAAAGAGAAUACAAUGUGAAAAAUGUGCUUAAAAUGUUUAUAUAGUUAUUUGGAUACAAACAAUGCGACAUGCAUAUCAAAGUGUAUGCGAGGUUGAUGGCUGCCACCGAAUAGACUAAACACUGACGAAGCAAUCAAAAAGAGAAGAAAAAUAAUAAUAAUUUUCCAACCCCAAACAUUUCGAUGACUAGACCAAAAAGUUGUAAAUAAUUUUAACAGAAAAAGAAGAGAAACAAAAACAAUUCUUAUGCACAUAAUUUGGUUCAGUUCGAAAUGACACAUUUUUAAAUGUGUGUACGGAAAUGCGUUACUCACAAUAAUUAUAAAAUUUAAAAUAAUAAAAAUAAAAUAAACAAGAAAUGAAAUAAUAACAACCGACGAAAAUAAUAAUGAAAUAAAACAGUCAACAAACACCAGCAUCAACAGAGGCAGCAGCACAAGUGUAUUGUGAGAAAGAUUAUUCGGACCGGAAAGUAAUAUAUAUAUACACAUACACGAAGACAGACACAAAAGGAAAUCAUAAUGGAUGGCCUAAGAGCAGCUGAUCUACUGCAAUUAUUGCAGGAGCGUUUCGUAUUAUUGACAGGUGGUCGCGAUCAACGAGGCGCUGCAAUACUCAGUUUUCCAGCCACACCGCGACGCGAUCGAGCCAAACCAGAUGAUAUUCGACGCUUACUCACCUAUUUGUUCACAUUACCCAGUGAAUCGGCCAAAGCACUUCGUUUCACAAUUUUAAUCGAUAUGCGCGGCAACAGCAAUAACAUGAGCACUGUCAAAGCGAUACUGAAAAUUUUACAGGAGCACUUUUGUUCCGUUGUACAUAGUGUUGUGAUCAUAAAACCAGACAAUUUCUGGCAAAAGCAACGUGCAUCAAUUUCUAGUCACAAAUAUAAAUUUGAAACGAAUACCAUAUCGCUAGAAGGUUUACAUAAAUUGAUUGACGUCAGCCAAUUGACCACGGAAUUUGAUGGUACACUCACAUACGAUCACAAUCAAUGGAUCGAAAUUCGAAUGGCACUGGAAGAGUUUCUCUGGCCAAUUGGUGAUAUGUUGGACCGCAUCGAAGACUUACAAGAGGAUAUAUCACGUAGUGACUUUGCCGAAGAUGUAAAUGGUGCCAAGCAUGGCAUCGAACAUCACAACGAUAUGAAGAAGAAAAUACUCAAAUUGCCAAUUGAAGAAUUGGAUUUGCAAGGGCAAAAACUGUUGACCAAAUUGAAUGCGGAUUCGAAUCGGCAAGAGCACCAUGCAUCACAUUCAUCGCAGAAGAAUCAUGCGCAAGUGCCAAGCAAUCCAGAUAUGGCAGCGAUAUUUCAACAAGUGCUACAGCAAUUGGACUCCGUGCAUAAGGGCCAACAGCACUUGUUGACCGUGUGGAAUCAUAAAAAGAUUAAAUUGGAUCAAUGCUUUCAAUUGCGGCUAUUUGAACAAGACUGUGAGAAAAUGUUUGACUGGAUACUACAUAACCGUGAUGUGUUUCAGAUGAGCUACGUUGAAAUUGGCCACAAUUAUUCGCUGGCAAAAAAUUUACAAGACGAACACCAAAAAUUUGCAAUGGCAUCCAUGAAUGUUGGUGUAAACAUCAAUCGCAUACUAGCCGUGGCCGCACGGUUAAUUGAAGGCAACCACUAUGCAGCUCAACAUAUUCGAACGGUGGCAAGUCGCCUGGAUCGAACGUGGAAAGAAUUUGCAGCUGGACUUGACGAACGAACAUCAGUAUUAGGAUUAAGUGUAUUAUUUCAUCAUAAGGCCGAACAGUAUUGUGAUAGUGUAGCAUCAUGGGCAGCUGCAUGUGAGGCAACUCAACCACCACCCUCCGAAAUACAAAGCCUCGAAACGGCAAUACGAACACAUCAAUCGUUAUACGAGGCAAUGUGUCAAGCAUAUACUGAGGUUCACUCGACGAGUAAGAAACUUCUUUAUCAGUUGGAUCAUUUGGUGCGAGUGUGCAAUCAACCUCCGCCACCAGGCGUCCCAGAUCAUCGCAAACAUGAUAACGGUGUGAAUCGAGUGGAGCGUGCCAAUCCGGCAGCUGAUUACAGUGAAGGUGCUUCACAUGUCUUGGCCGUUAUUCACGAAAUCCUUGGUCAUCAUCGAUCGCUCGAAAAUAAGUGGCAUGCCGAAAAGGUUCGACUGCACCAAACGUUAGCGCUACGCUUAUUCCAAGAAGAUGUGAAACAAGUGUUAGACUGGCUGGCCAACCAUGGCGAAGUGUUUUUGAGCAAAAAUACGGGCAUUGGCAAGAAUUUGCAAAAAGCACGAGUAUAUCAAAAGAGCCACGAGCACUUUGAGAAUGUUGCGCAAAAUACGUACAGCAAUGCGGAUAAACUAUUAUCGGCGGCAGAAGAUUUGGCUCGGUCGGGUGAAGUCGAUGCCAAUGAAAUAUUUUCCGUAGCGCGUGAAUUGGAAUUGCAUGUCGCCUCGUUUGCCAAUCGAGUUGAACAACGUCGCCGUCGUUUGGAUAUGGCAGUGUUGUUCUAUACGCACGAGAAGGAGGUAUCGAAUUGGGUUGCACAAUUGCGACAAGAAAUCAGUUCUGACGAUACAUUGCUGUCGCAGGAGAAUUUAGAGGGGACCGAACGAUUGUUGCAACAGUGCCAGGAUCAACAAGAUAGCACAUUGAACGGAUGCCUACAGACGAUUGCACAGGGUGAAGCGCUGCUGCAAGAGAUUCGUUCCAUGAGCGACAUGGACUCAACGGGAUCAAUUCAAGCCCUUGAAAUUGCCAUUGAAAAUUUAUCAAAGCAAAAAAUUGAAUUGGACGAACUGUGGACAGCACGAAAAUAUCGACUUGACUACUAUUUGCGAUUGCGAUACUUUGAACGUGAUGCCCUAGAAGUGUCAUCACAGUUGGAAAUGUGGGCAGAAGAGUUGCGUCACACGGAACUAUCACGUGACUAUGCAAAAGCUGAACAGUUUCUGCGGCUUCACAACGAAUCCGUUACACAGAUGCAAAAUACAACGUAUGAAGUAGUGCAACAAGGUCAAGAUUUGGUUGCAUUAUUUGAGGGCGCCGGUUUCAUUGCAAUGGCAGAUAGUACACACAAUGCACAGACACGCAUCCAACAUUUGCUGGAAUUUCUCAAUGACCGUGAACUCGAUCUCGAGGAAUUGGCCGAAGUGAAGAAAGUGAAGCUGGAGCAAGCGGUUCAAUUGUGUCAAUUCCAAAAUGAUGCAAACCAAGUGAUAUCUUGGAUACGAAAUGGUGAAGCAAUGCUCAUAGCCAGUUUCAGUACGCCGAAUUCAUUGCAAGAGGCCGAACAAUUGCGUAAAGAACACGAACAAUUUCAAGUGGCCGUGGAAAAGACGCAUACGUCAGCCGUUCAGGUAAAAUAUCGUGCCGAUGCUUUAAUCAGUGCCAACCAUUAUGAUCCGCAAAGUAUUCGUGACAUCGCCGAAGAGGUGACAAAGAAAUGGCAACAGUUAGUUACAUGUGCUGAAGAGCGACACAAACUGGUCACCGCUUCAAUGAAUUUUUAUAAAACAGCCGAACAGGUGUGCAGUGUGCUAGAUAGUUUGGACCGAGAGUAUCGGCGUGACGAGGACUGGUGCGGUGGUGGCGGUUCACCAGACAAACCACAAACCAUUGUACAAUUGAUUACAAAGCAUCAAGAGCAGAAAGAAGCAUUUUUGAAGGCUUGUACAUUGGCACGUCGAACAGCCGAAACAUUCCUAAAAUAUACGACACGUUCGCUGCAAUACUACGAAUACCAUCAGCAUGGAAGCUGUGAGGCUCGUGUUAAAUCGAUACUCGACAAGCUUUUGGCACAGGAAAAUCAAGUGCUUGAAUAUUGGACCACGCGCAAAAAGCGUUUGGAUCAAUGCCAACAGUUUGUGCUGUUUGAACGUUCGGCCAAACAGGCGAUCGAAUGGAUUCACAAUACGGGCGAAGCGUAUCUAUCAUCUCGCACGAAUGCAAUUGGCAAAAGCCGUGACGAAACGGAGAGUUUGCUGCGUGAACACAAUGAAUUCAAGGGCACGGCAAAGGAGACACGUGAACGCGUCAAAUUGCUGAUCCAAUUGGCCGAUAGUUUGGUUGAGAAAGGUCAUGCACAUGCCAGUGCAAUAAAACAAUGGGUUGCGGCCGUUGACAAUCGAUACAAAGAUUUCAGCAAUCGCAUGGAUACAUACCGUGAGCAAUUGGAAAAAUCAUUGGGUUUACCAGUUGCUCAAGACGAAACAACGUCCACGUCAUCACUAUCGUCGGCUGGUACGGCUGGCGAUCGACAUUCAGACCCAUCGCUUGAGGCAAAACUCAAUGCAACGGCCGCUUCGAAGGAGCUCAACGAAGAAAAACGUAAAUCGGCCCGUCGCAAGGAGUUUAUUAUGGCUGAACUGUUGCAAACCGAACGUACUUAUGUGAAAGACUUGGAAACAUGCAUUCGAUGCUUUUUGCAUGAAAUGCGAAACGGGCAAAAUGUACCGGCUGCCUUGGUGGGUAAAGAGGACACUCUGUUCGCAAACAUUGAGGCGAUUCAUGAAUUCCAUGAGAAAAUCUUUUUGCGCGAAUUGGAAAAAUAUGAAACGAUGCCCGAAGAUGUGGGCCAUUGUUUCGUUACAUGGGCAACGAAAUUCGAUAUGUACGUGAAGUAUUGCAAAAAUAAGCCACAAUCGAACAAUUUAAUGGUUCAACACAGUGGCACUUAUUUCGAAGAUCAGCAGCGCAAACAUAAAGUGGAACAUCCCUUGGCCGCAUAUUUGAUAAAACCAGUGCAACGAAUUACUAAGUAUCAGCUUCUAUUAAAGGACCUGCAGUCAUGCUGUGAUGAGGGCCAGGGUGAAAUUCGAGACGGUUUGGAGGUGAUGUUGAAUGUGCCGAAAAAGGCAAACGAUGCAAUGCAUUUGUCACACCUUGAACAAUGUGAUAUUCCCAUCGAUAAUUUGGGUGAAGUAGUGUUGCAAGACUCAUUUUUGGUAAUGGAAAACAAGCAGCUUAUUCGCAAGGGACGUGAACGUCGCGUGUUUCUAUUUGAAUUGUAUUUACUAUUUGCUAAAGAGGUCAAAGACUCAAACGGAACCAAUAAAUAUCAUUUCAAGCAUAAAGUGAUGACAUCAGAGCUCGGUGUCACCGAGCACAUUGAAGGUGACGAGUGCAAGUUUGCCGUUUGGACGGGACGGGCGCCGAUGAUGUCAGACUAUCGCAUUGUUUUGAAAGCCAAUAAUUUAGAAACGAAACAAAUUUGGGUGAAAAAGCUACGUGAAGUCAUUCAAGAGACAUACUUCUCGGGCGCAUCGUUAACAUUACCAAAAUCGCCAGCGAAAACCAAUAAAGUGACCGCAUCGUCACAACGAUCAUCAAAAGAUAUGGAAGAUACGCUGUGUGAAAAUGAUCAUGAUGGAAGUUCAUUGGCUAGCUUUGGAUCGGGCAAUACAACUGACAGUGAUAAGGCUGGAGGCAAUGUAGAAAUGACAUGGGUUCUAACGGACUAUACCGCAACACCGGGCACCAAUGAAGUGUCUGUGACAAAAGGACAACAAGUUGAAAUUAUUGAAACGGUAUGCAAUGGAUCCCCCGACUUUUGCUUGGUCCGUUUGAAUAUACACAGCGGAAGUGCAGCCGAUGGCAGUGGCACAAUCGAAGGAAUCGUUCCAAUUGCUGUGCUUAAACUUGCACCAUUCAUUAAAAGUGGUCAUCGGAAAGUAGGAGAUGACAACAAAGAAUCAAAUGAUAACAAUGAUCUGACAUUGUCGACAGAAAACGCAACCACAACAGCAUCACCCAUUAACAAACGAAGAGGUUUCAGCGGAAGAAAAUGGUUACCGCCACCACUUCGGAAAUUAUCUCAGGGAAAAGUGGACAAAACGACAACAUCCUCAGCAUCGUCGGCGACGGCGGUGGCAACAUCCUCAUCAUCGGCACCAAAUGAUCGGCCAUUAUUGAAGAAGAGUUCUGAAAAGGCCUUCAAAUUGGCGGCAACUGUCACCGCUGAAGAGGAGCAACCAUUAGCGCAGAAGACCAAUAUUAGUCGAUUCCGUGACAAAUCGAAUGCCGAUCAACAUCACAAAUCCGAACAUGACCAGCAGCAACAGCUCCAGCAGAGUCACACCGCUGAAGCGGAAAAUGAAGAAGAAGUCAUAUUACCACCACCAAUGAAACCCAUACACGAUUCGCAAGCAAUCAUCAACAAUGGACCAAAUGUGGUAGCAUCGUCGGUUGUUGAACAAAGCCCGUGCAAACGCACUUCUUCAUUAUCGUUGAAAACGCUGGAGGGAAAUGCAACCACUGAUUUAGAAGAAAUUGAACAAAUAGUUAAGGAGAAAAUGGAACAACAUGAAAGUACAAAAUUCAAACUUGCUAAAGCAUCGAAUGAUGGCUCGGAUUUUAAUUCAUCCACAUCAUCAGCCGUAGCAGGCAGUGCUAAUGGCGAUAACGACGACAAUCUACAGGAGAAUGACGUUGAAGUAGCUAUGCGAAAGCGAAUGUACGCACUCAAAGAGCUUGUUCAUACGGAGGAAGCAUAUGUGCAGGAUUUAUCGCUCAUUGUUGAUGGUUACAUACGCGAGAUUCGUGAUCCAGAUAGUGACAUUCCAAUGCCAGAUGAUUUAAAGGGCGGCAAGGAGCGCAUGGUAUUUGGAAAUGUAGAAGCAAUCUUUGAAUGGCAUAGGGACUUUUUCUUGAAGUCACUCCAAAAAUGUAUACAAAAUAGUAUAGAAUUAGGACCACUUAUAAAGCGUUGUGAACGAAAACUUCAUAUGUAUGUGAUCUAUUGCCGAAAUAAACCCGUUUCCGAGCACAUCGUGGCUGAGCAUUUUGGUUAUUUUGAAGAAAUUAGGUCCAAGCUCAAGCAUAAACUAGUUCUAUGUGAUCUAUUGAUAAAACCAAUCCAAAGGAUUACGAAGUAUGAAUUACUGUUAAGGGAUAUUUAUAAACACACUGAACGUGCUGGUAUGGUACAGGAGCUCCCGAGCUUACAGGAUGCCAUCUAUGUUAUGAAGGUUGUUCCAAAAGAAGCGAAUGACAUGAUGGAUGUAGGUCGUUUGCAAAAAUUCGAAGGGAAAAUAACAGCUCAGGGUAAUUUACUGUUGCAUGGUCCACUCCUUUGUACCGAAGGUACCAACAAUGCGGAGCGUAACUCGAGUGUGGCCAUCAAACCGCGUGAACUACAGGUAUUUUUGUUCCAACAAAGCAUCAUCUUCUCGGAAAUUGUUGGCAAGAAAACACAAUUCGUGAACCCUUCAUACAUUUACAAAAAUCACAUUCAGUUCAAUAAACAGGCAAUCAUUGAGGAAAUGUCUGAAAAUCGAUUCAUGUUGCGUUCAACGGAUCCUCAACGUCAAGAGAUUUGUUACGUCAUCGCCACACAAUCGACCGAACAAUGUCAUGAAUGGGUGGAUACGAUAAAGAAUAUACUGCAGCGGCAAUAUGAUUUAUUGAAAGCACUCCAAAGUCCUAUAGAGUACCAAAAAGAACGAAUGAAGGAAUCUUCAAUGGACAGUUCAAUGUUUCGCAACAGUAAUUAUUUGCGCAAAACAAUCUCCGUACCGUCAUCAGAUUUGCACAGCAGUAGUGGCAGCAGCAGUAUUACCACUUCCACAUCAUCAAGCAACAAUAAUGAACUCACCCAGAAGAAACUCUCACUACCACUCAAACUACAAUCGUAUAAUUCGAGUCACACGCCCCACAAUCACAGCGUUGGCGUUAAUAUUGUUUCUUCUGCAUCGUCAUCGUCGACAACAAAACCACAUUCGACCAAACGUUCGCUGCAUAUUUUCGAUAGCAUCCAAAGUAUAUUCCAAAUGAAUAAUCACCACAAUCAUAGUUUCAAUGAACGUCACCAUCACAAUAAUGACAAAAAACAUAAACACAACCACACACUAGACACAGCAUCUGCCAAACAUAACAGUUUUCGACAUAGUGACAGUCACAAUAAAUCAAAGAAGGACUCGUCGGACCAUCGAGAUACGAAAAAACAUGGUAACGUCACGGCCGCUACCGCCACCACCACUACUACCGUCGCCGAUACGAAUGCAACCAAUUUGGAAGCCGCUAGCAAAAUGCAAAAUGUCACACGUAUUUUAAUUAAUGCGACGAACCCGAACCAAUCAAACGUUGAUAGCUUUGGUGAACGGCAUGCAUUAAGUAAAGAGUUAAAUUUGAAUGCGUCCAACCAACCAUUGUUUCUCACGGAUGUUGGGCAGAAUAAUAUCAAACCACAGCAUCGCCGGUGGUCUGAAUAUAAAAAUUUGAAUUUGAUUAUUCCCGAAAAAACAAAUGAUUUCCAUAAUCGACGGCCAUGCACGACAUCACCAUCGAUCCAGCAUUACAGUCUCACAAAUUUGAAUUUUGAUUUUAAUCAGUCGUUAACAAUGGGCAACAAUGACGUUGACAUCAGCAAUAGUAACAAUGUAUCACCAGAAAUUGUGUCGCGAUCGAAAGACACCGUUGCCGAAGCAGGCCAGUCGGUGGUGUUGAGUUGCCAUGUUCGGAAUGGAAUGAAUGCAAAAACGGUUUGGCACAAAAUGGAACCAGACUGCAUGAUAAUCACGAAUUCAUCGACCAAAUACCAAUCAACGUAUACAACCACUGGCGAAGCACGUUUGCACAUCAAUAAAGUUGAGCCACAAGAUAGUGGUGUAUACGUGUUUGCGGUUUCAAAUCAAUUUGGUGGCAUUGUACAAUGUGCAAUCGGGCUAACGGUAAUACCGCCAACCGAAAAUGUGGACGCUGACGAUGCCACUUAUUGCACCGGUGUGUAUGUGGAAGUGGUGAAUCCGACAUCGGUUCGUGUUAGUUGGGACUUUUCGUCAUCGACCACAAACAGCUAUAUCAUUGAAUAUUGUCGAACCGGCACCAAUAAUUGGAUCAUAAAAGAUGAUAAACCAGUGCGAGCACGAUACAUUUUGAGUGGAUUGACACCGGGUGAAAGUUAUACGUUUCGUUUACUGUGUCCAAAUACAAAUAUUGCCAGUUUGCCCAGUGCAUCGAUUACAAUGCCACUCAGCGAACAACAUAUGUGGCAACAACAGCAGUUCAACACGCGAUACACGUCAUUGUCGGAACUGGGACGGGGACGUUUUUCAAUUGUUCGUCUUGCAACUGAUGCGGUGACCGGACAAAAAGUGGCACUAAAACAAAUUUCACGGAAAUAUCAAGAUUUGACCAGUACGCAAGAAGAAUACAAAUUAAUGGCCACCGCACAGCAUCCGAAUACCAUUCGCGCCUUGGCUCUGUUUGAAAAUGCACCAAUGCAGGGGAUUGACACCAUUGUUAUGGAAUUAGUUCAAGGUCCAAUGUUGUUCAAUUACAUUUGCCAAAUGGAUUCGUAUUCAGAAGCUGUUGUUCUACACUACAUGCGCCAGUUAUGUGAUGCUUUAAAUUGGUUGCACAAACGAAAUGUAGCCCAUUUGGAUAUAAAACCGGAGAAUAUAUUGGUGGGUCCUUCAACCAAAAUGGAUGCAUCUAAUUUCACAGCCGCCGCCGCAACAGCAGCAGCAACAUCAUCAAUCCAAUAUCAACAAUUGAAAUUGAUUGAUUUUGGUGAAGCAUUCGGUGCUCUCAACCGAAACACAAUUCUUCCCCCGUCAAAUCUGGAGUUCUCCGCACCCGAAAUGGUGAUCGGACAAGCGACCGACACAAGGACAGAUUGUUGGUGUUUUGGCAUUCUAUUGUAUGUCUUUCUGAGCGGUGUCUCACCAUUUUUGGAUGAUUCAGUCGAAGAAACUACGACAAAUAUUCUCAAAUGUGAUUUCUCAUUCCCGGAUGAGUAUUUCCACGAAAUUUCAAACGAUGCGAAAAAUCUCUUGCGACGUUUGUUGGUGCUACAGGGAAAUGCACGAGCAACCAUGGCCGAUUGCCAAACGUGCCCUUGGUUCAUACAAGAACCAGCAAACAAGCCUAUUUCGACCGUUAAAUUGGAAAAUUUUAACCAAAGAAGAAUGCGAAGUUCGGUUUCGUUGCUCCAGACAAGCUUCAAAAACAAUUAACUUGGCAACAUAAUCCACCAACUAAAGAUUGGAGCAAAUUACCGAAUUCCUCUCCAAAGUGACGAUAUUGUGAAUGUAAUUUUAUUUUCCGAGCUCUCCAGUGACACCAUGCAACAAUUUCAUCUCUAAAAUGUAUUAUCAAAAUAUCAAAUAGAUUAAAUUCGUAAUUGUAACGUCAUUGCGCGACUGAGAAAUAAAAGAAUGAGUCUAUCGAGACAUUGUAGAGAGAA